UCGGUUCCCUCGCGCCUUUUGGAACGGGAGCUGUCCACUCGUGUGUCUGCUAGUUCUGCAGUGAUGGGAUUAUACCGUGCUCCUGUGUGUUCCACCUUAACCAUGAAAAUCUCCCUGGUGACGGGGUUUCUGGCGUGUCAGGUGAUCUGCAGCUUUUCAUCGAGGUCCAGGGACUGUGUGUCCGUAAAGGAGGCCUGUGUUUCUGAGUCUCGUGCGUGUCGGAGCGGUUGGGACCUGCUGAAAAAUGUUUGCCACAUCUCUGACGGAAGCUGCCAGGUGGUGGACUCAGAGGAGUGUAAUAUGACCAUCGCCUACCUGCUGGGCCAGUUCCCCCAAUGGAAAGGCUGUCUGUGCACGGAGGAGGACUACUGCAGAACCCCACAGCUGCUGGCCCCCAACUGCCACGCUCAACCAGGUGCUGAAGCAUCAAAGCAGCCCCCCAGCUGGUUUGAGCCGGACGUGAGCCCAGCGUCCGUGAGUCCAGAAGGUCAGGGCUGUGUGUCCGUCCUGCUGGGCUGCCAGGAGUCCCCCCGCUGCUGGUCAGCGUACAGGAAGCUCAGGAACUCCUGCAGCUCCGACGGGGAUCAGUGCCGCACCCCGGCCUCCCGCAGUUCCUGUCUGCUCCUCUGGGGGGAGCUGAAGAGCACUCCUCUGGCCAACUGUACCUGUCCGGCGGGGGGGAAGAGGUGCCUAAAACUACAAGCCCUACUCCAGGACAACCCCUGUAUCCGUGCAGAGCUGGAGUCUUCGGCUCAACCCCUGCCCAAGGCUAUGCAGCAGAACAUGGGCAAAGUCAAAGCGAAGAAGGAUUCCAAACCAGACUGGCAAAGAAGUGGCCUUUUAAAAGAAGCCCGUGACGCGGCGCGCUCGUGCCUGCGGGCGAUGACGGCCUGCGUCUACGACGAGGUGUGCAACGGGCAGCUGGCGCCGCUGGUCCGGGCGUGCUCGGGGAGCCCCUGCCAGGACGCCGCCUGCGGCCGGGCCACCGGGCGCUUCUACCGGGCGCUGCCCCCCGCCGCGGCCGACCUGCUGGCGUUCUGCGGGUGCGACGCGGCCGACCCCGACUGCCUGCGCGUGAGGGCCGACCUGCAGAGCGGCACCUGCCCCGGGAGGCCCGCGCCGCCCCCUACCUGCCUGGAGGUCUACGACAGGUGCAUGCUGGAGCCGCAGUGCAGGCAGAGAUACAGGACGUUCCAGUCCAGGUGUUUGGGGGAGGGGGAGGAGACUCCGUGCCGCGCCCACGACUGCCUGCGCCCCCCGGACCCCGACCUGAUCGCGGGAGGGGACGCAGAGUGCCGGCGGGCGUUCGUGGGCACGAUGGGCACCGCGAUUCAGGAGCCCUGCACCUGCGACGGGGUGCAGAACUCGCAUCUGCUCCAUUGCCGGAGGAUCCGCCAGGUGUUCCAGGACCGCCGCGUCUUCGUUUCUCACCUGAAUAAAGCAGUCUCGUCACAUCACACAACGCUGGAGAAUGUGUCACAACUCAAUGUCCAUCGGUUCAGUGAUCAGCUGUUUUUUGCGCUUGUUUGUGUCCUUGUGAUUGUUUUAAUACUAAUGGUUGUCAUCACCGUUCUGAGUACCUCUGGAUUGUGCAGAGGAACGGAGAAGGCGAAAUGUCAUCCUCCCCCUGACAGGAAGAAUAUUCCAGGGUUUCAAUGAUUCUCACUUUUAUUUGACAUAAAAGAACAGGUUAUACAAGCCACUUUUAUUGCAUAUCUAAUAUUUGAAUGUAGGGAGUUGGGAUCAGCAUUUGCAUUUGUGUGAGAUGAUUUAUUACAUUAUAUUUAUUAUAUUUAUGCUCUUUGAUAUUGUCUGUCACAAAUUCUGCAAAGCCACAUUUUUGAAGAAUUUUUGUUUCAUAAUGUUUCUCUUUGAACUGAUAUUUUACAUUUUUUGUCAAAUGUUUCAAGUGGCUGGUGAAUGCUUAAUAGAUUAUGGCCUGGAAUAAAUACAUGCUUGUAUUUUAUUUUGAAAAUACUACCGAUAGCAUUUUAUUCAUGCAUGAGCACAAUUGGAAACGUUUAUUUUGGUGAUUGAUGAACUCUCCACACUGUCUGUGAAAUAUAUAUAUACAGUGAG